AGGGCAGCCAGAAUGUGUCCUUGAGUGUGGGUGUGCGUGUAGGGUAAUUUGGGUGGGAACAACGUGGAAGCUACCACCACGAAGUCCUGCGCCUUGCUGGUGGGGUGUGUGCAGAAAUUCCUGGGAUAAAUAGGAGGCUCCCUCCUCCCAGCGACACUCACGGAGCCGGCUACCCGCCCUGGGUGUUUGUCUGCCCCGUGGCCAGGGUGCCAGCUUGAGGAGUAGUUUCGUUUCCUGCUGGCUCGGGGAUUGGUUUCCAGGCACUCCCUGGGGCGCCGGUGGCCCGGGCAGGGGGCGCAGGAGUUGGCGGGAGACUCGUCGGGGGGCUGCCCGGCCUCGCGGUGUGGGGUUCAUGGACCGGGCCGCCCCGGGCAGCGGCGCCAGCUCCCUGCCACUGCUCCUGGCCCUCGCCCUGGGUCUAGUGAUCCUCCACUGUGUUGUGGCAGAUGAGAAUUCAACCAGAAGUUCAGAAAAUGAGGGCCUUCUCUGUGGAGAUCCUGGAGCAAACUGUGCAGCCACCACCACACAAUCAAAACGGAGAGGCCACUUCUCUCGGUGCCCCAAGCAAUAUAAGCAUUACUGCAUCAAAGGGAGAUGCCGCUUCGUGGUGGCCGAACAGACACCCUCCUGCAUCUGUGAUGAAGGCUACACAGGGGCAAGGUGUGAGAGAGUUGACCUCUUUUACCUAAGAGGAGACAGAGGGCAAAUUUUGGUGAUUUGUCUAAUAGCAGUUAUGGUCAUUUUUAUCAUUCUGGUGAUCGGUGUCUGCACAUGCUGUCAUCCUCUUCGGAAACGUCACAAAAAAAGGAAGAAGGAAGAAGAAAUGGAAACUCUGGGUAAAGACAUAACUCCAGUAAAUGAAGAUAUUCAAGAGACUAGUAUUGCUUAAUGGUAAGGGUGAUACUUGAUAGAUGGGGAACUAUUCAGAUGACAUUUACCUGGUGAAAUGGGGAUUAACUGAAUCUAGUAAAUCAUUGAUUGGAAUUUGAUUAUGCUUAGCAUCUUCUAAAAAUAGAUGUGUGUUUUUCAUAGAAUCUGAAGCCAAAUGAAAGGUUUUCUCACAUCUUUCUAUUGCAUGUCACCACCCUGAUAAGCAUGUGGGAGAGAGGACUUUUAUAUACUUUUUCUAAUGUACUGAGAUCAAUUUGCUUUCUAAUUCCUCACUUUUGGGCACACGAAGAGGUAUUUUAGUUUAGACAUCUUACAUUAAAAGGAAAUAACAAGAACAAUGUAACAACAAUCACAUUCAUUGAGCAUUUGCCAUAUGCCAAGCACUGGUCUAAGCUCUUUGAAUGUUGUAUCAGUUAGGAUCCCAGCAGGAUCCCAUGAAGAGAUUUUGGCAAAGGGACUGGGAGGGCACAGCUGAGGACCCCACAGGAACGUGGAGGUUCCUGGAGCCUGGCAAUGACAGGAGGCUACUGCUUCUCUUCCAUGCCUAGAAGGGCUGGGGAGGGGUUACCUUGGCACUGAAGGGCUGGUUGCUGGAGGUUCCCACCAGGUAGGAGCUGUAGCUGUGGACAAAAAUAAGAGCCACUCCUGGAACCAAAAUGAGGCAAAGGCAAAGGGAGGAAAUGCAGAAAGAAUGCCCCAAACUUUCUCUCCUCCAGCCUUCAGAUCUGCAGCAGGUGCCCAACGGCCAAGCGCAACCAGAACCCAGAGGGCCAGAGAGCCACUGUGGUGCAGUCCGUACUGUCAGCCCCUGAAACCCAGAGCAGGGCAGAGAGCAACUGCGGCGGGGGAAAGGGAGCAUGGCUAGCUCAGUCAGCCAAGGUAGUUGGCCGAAACAGCAUCAAAGCCAAGGAAACUCAUUUAAAAUGAAGGAAAUGUGUUAGUUUACACGAACUGGUGUUCCAGAGGGAAGGUUGUCUGCACACUUGGUUGAGCCAGAGGCUCCCACACUGGGAAACUUAUUUCUCUCUUUCUGCACUGUUUGAAGAGUUGGUUUCAUUGGAGACUAGUUCCUUUAAGCCAUAACAGGCCAGUAGCAAUCAAGACUGUGUACUUCCUUGUUCACAUCCAACAAGAGAGAGCAAUUACUUUCCAUAGCUCUCCCAGCAGUACAAAGAAUUUCUUUUUCCAGAAACUCACAGCAGAGUAA